CACCAUUAUGUUGUUUAUAUUUUUUUCUGCUGUGCAAGUGAUGGCUUGUUCGUCAAAAAUAAUGUUACUGCGAAGAUGUUGCCUGCUUUCGACGUAGUUUUCACAUUCUUUGACAAAGCUCUGCUUGUGUUACGUUGAUGUCAAACAUGGCGAACACUCGAAACGUCACUGCUGACAUCUCCAGCAAAGAAUUUCAACGACAGUUGUUUGAUUGGUUUGAGAAGCGUGGUUUACUAUCAGAGCUACGGACAUUCAUGCGACAUCGAAUGAUCUCUGCGCUGUACAGUAAUGACGCUCCAUGCCCAGGCUUACGCUUUUCUUCGGAUACAUCAGUUUCCCCUACUCUUCAGGCUCUACUUUUACUUAUUGUUGAGUUCUUAGUAAAACAAGAAUAUCAUUACACCAUGUCUAUAUUUGUUGCUGAGGCACCUUUAAUUGCAUCAUUCCCUAAGUUUUCUGGGUAUGUGUCUUACAUGCCUCAAUAUGACACAUUGAAAAGUGGAUCUGAGUUUCCAAGAUACACAGAAAAGGAUGUGCAGGAUAUUAUGGAAGUAUUCGGUAUAUCAGCAGGCUCUGAAGGUAUGGAUCAUAUUCUUCGUCUUUACUUCAACAACAAUGCAAGAGAACCACUGUUGGUUUGUGCCUUAACUGCACUAUCAGCAAUAGUAGAAAAUUGUACACAGAAAGAAGAGAAAUCACCCAGAAAAAAUUCAACUCAAAAGAAGGAAGAAACUUACAACACAACUUAUUGGAUAGAGGAGAUAAGACUUUUGCAACAAGUUGAAGAAUUACUGCGCAAACUACAAGCUGAAACUGCCAACAGUGUCCGUAAACUAGAAAAUGAAAAACAUAAUAAAUUAAUACACAUUCGAGAGCAGAAAUUAAUGGCUGAAGCUCUUGUACACGAGGAAAAGAUUCGUGCCCAGCACAGUGCUGCUGAGGAAGAUCUCAAGAUUAAACAAAAGCACCUGGAACAAGUUACUCUUCAACUACGACAACAACAUGAUCUAGUACUUGAAAGGUUGAGUAGAGUCCAGAGGCACGCAGAUCAAAUCAAACAACAAGAAAAUGCACUAAUGGAAAAGGAGAAAUCUUUAGAAAAAAAACAGAAAAGCCUAGAAGAGGAACACCGCACUUUGGCAGGACUCCGGAUUGAAUUACAAGAGGCUGCUCAUUUCCUGAGACAAGAGCAUUCUGACUCUAAAACAAUUGUAGAACUGAACCAUCUUCAAGAACGAUGCUCACAGCUUGAGCAUGAACUUAAGGAUGCCAAGGAACAACUGCAGACGUCUGUUUACAGCCGGGCUGAUAUUGGUACUCAGACAGCAGAAAAAUUUGAGGACGUUUCGUCCAAUAGUCAAGGAAAGGGUUUUGAAGAGCAGUAUGUUACUAAAAACAAAGUACAUGCAUCAUUUGAGAGUUUGCUGAGCUCUAGUAAUGAAAAAGAGGGAAACAACCAAGUGGUUCUUCUGAAGAGGGUGCUCAAUCGCUUACAGCAAGAAAAUUCAGAACUGAAAGCAAUAGCAGCCCAGCAAAGGAAAAGGAUAGAGGAACUGACAGCUAAAGCAGCUGAACUAGCAAAUCAUAUUGCCCAACAAAAGGAACCUUCCUCUCCAAAGCCAGCAGAAAGACCCUUGAAUAAACUACCACAACAACAGCCACUGGAUCCAACAUUCCAAUCACCACUUCACACCUCUUAUGGUCAUCACACUGGCUCUACUCCGUGGUUUCCUUUAGAUGCUUUCUCUAAUACAGCACACUCUCCAGGAAAAGAUUAUCGCAGAAGACAUCCAAAACAGUAUCAUUUAAACCACUCUGGAAGCUUAAGUUCGGAUGAUUCGCCCACAGAAGAUGUUCUUAGAGAAGCCAAAAAUCGGUUACAAAAGCUGGAGGAGGAAAGUGAAGCAGUAGACCGAAGUUAUAGAGACUUUCGGGCACGUCAAGCAGAUGUUACCACAACCACACCUGUACUUGGAGCUUCUAGUCAGUCAACAUCAAUCAAUAGACCCAUGCAUCCAAUCAACUCCAGUUCUGAUAGGCUGUUUUUGAGCUCGUCCCAACCUAUUACAACUGCCUUUCUUCACUCACGAAGUUUUUCUUCUCCUUCUUCAACUACUCAAGGGCAUGGGUUUCCAACAUCUACUUCUUUAAGAUUAACUUCGUCAAGAUUAUCAUCUUCAAGAUUAUCUUCACGCUUCCCAGCAAGGCCUCGGACACAGUUUACUUUGCCAGAACGAACCAGGCAUUCCUACCCACGCUCUGAGAAUAUUUUGAGAGUCCAAGAAAAUGUACCAGCAUCAGACCAGAGUUUUUCAUUGAUAAAACAUAAGACAAAUACAUUACAAAAUGGUAGUGAGCAAGGCCUGUCAGUGCUCUCUUCUGGGCGCUACUCUCCACCUCAGGUGGAAAUGGAUGUGAAGAAAGGUGACAAAAUUAACCAAAGUGAGUCUCAGAUAAUUCAAAUGAUUUCAAAAAACAACCCUUUAGAAAUCGUGCCUCAAUCUCCUCUCAAGGAAAAAACGGUGGAGUCUAAUGUUGAUAGAGCAGGUGAGAAUCUUCUUAUGUUGAACAAAAAAUUAGUCCCAUUGGUCGACAACCAAGUUAUCUCUCCUUCCGAAUCUCUGCAGCCUGUUGCAGUUGAGAGUCCUGAAAGAUUACCUUUAAAAUUAAAUGUCAUUGACUCAACUCUAAAUGAAAUUUCAACUUGCUCCUCAUCUGUAGCUAGUGCAAUUGUAGUUAGUGAAAGUAAUGCAAUUCCCCACACAGCAAUAGUAGCUAUUCCAACCACAAUAGAAAAUGUGAAAGUCUAUGAACAAUCUAGUCAGCUUUUAAAUACAUCAUUAUCUAGCAUUGAAAACGGCAAUUUGCAAGUUUCAGGUGGUUCAGUUGAUAGAAAGAGUGGUGAUGAUGAUGACGACGACUUUUGGUAG